GAUUGCUUGUCAGACUUUGUCUCUGUCCAGCGCGUGGGUUCACGGAUUGCUUCAGCAGUUUAAUUAGUAAUUUUGUGUUGUAACUAUUAGAUUCAUCUGAAUAUCUUACAAACCUUUUAAUUUGUUCGCUAAAAGUUUUAUACCCAUAAAAAAAACUACUAACUUCUGUUUUCAACAAUACUGUUCGAUUAUGCGUGAAGUGCUUUCCAUCAACAUUGGCCAGGCGGGAUGUCAGAUCGGAAAUGCAUGCUGGCAAUUGUUUACUCUGGAGCAUGGCGUUCAGGCCGAUGGUACCGUGAGUGAUAAGAUUCAAGUCGAUGAAAACAUGGCAGCCUUCUUUCAGAACACGGACUCCGAGAAGGUCGUUCCUCGGAACAUUUUCAUUGAUCUGGAAAAGUCUGUUAUAGAUGAAUUGAAAAACGGACCAUACAAGUAUCUGUAUCAUCCCUUGUAUAUGAUCACGGGAAAAGAAGACGCUGCAAACAACUAUGCAAGAGGGCACUAUACAGUAGGAAAACAAAUUAUUGAACAAGUUUGUAGUUCGAUUCAGAAACUGGCAGAGCAAUGCGAUGGAUUGCAAGGGUUUUUAGUGUUUCACUCGUUUGGAGGUGGCACAGGUUCAGGAUUCACAUCGUUACUGAUGCAACGAUUGGCUGCUGACUAUGGAAAGAAAUGCAAACUUGAGUUUGCAGUUUAUCCUUCUCCAAAAAUUUCAACGGCUGUCGUGGAACCUUAUAACUGUGUGUUAUCGACAAGCACUACCAUGCCAAAUUCAGAUUGUUGCUUCAUCAUGGAUAAUGAGGCGACCUAUGAAAUCUGUUCAAAGGGGUUACAGAUUGAACGACCUGAUUAUGCCCAUUUAAAUGCUCUGGUAGCGCAAGCCGUAUCUUCGGCAACAGCGUCACUUCGUUUUAAAGGUACAAUGAACGUCGAUUUGAAUGAAUUCCAGACAAACUUGGUACCGUUUCCACGCGUACACUAUCCUUUAGUAUCCUAUGCACCAUUACUGUCAGCAUCCAAAGCUCAGCACGAGUUCUCAUCAGUAGCAGAAAUCACCAGUGCAUGUUUCGAACCUAGCAACAUGAUGGUAAGAUGUGAUCCUCGACACGGGAAAUACAUGGCAUGUUGUAUGCUGUACCGCGGAGACGUGGUUCCAAAGGACAUCAAUUCUGCAAUCGCCACAAUUAAGAGCAAGCGGCAUAUAACGUUUGUGGAUUGGUGUCCGACCGGUUUUAAGAUAGGAAUAAAUCAACAAGCACCUUCGGUUCUUCCUGGGAGUCAUUUGGCCAAACCGAAGAGGGCCGUGUGCAUGCUAUCCAAUACAACAGCUAUAUCAGAUGCUUGGGCACGUGUUAAUCAGCAAUUUGAUCUGAUGUACAAAAAGCGUGCUUUCGUACACUGGUACGUCGGUGAAGGCAUGGAGGAAGGCGAGUUUAGCGAGGCUCGAGAAGAUCUGGCUGUAUUGGAACAAGACUAUGAGGAAGUUGCUGGUGAUACCGUGGAUCCUGAGGCGGCUGGUUCGGAUUAUGAAUAUUGAAAUGUUUGUUGUUAAAUUGUACACCUACAUGUGCCUUUAUUGUUUCAAAAGAUGUUGUAAUGCUUUAAAAAAA